AUGUGCGCGGCAAUCGACAUGUUAGCGUCCGAACAUUUUUACGGGCACAGUCCGCCCGCCGGUUUCUUAACAGACUACAGUUUGCCCACACCACGAAGACCAAUCAAACUGGCAACUAGAGGAUUCUCAGCACCAUGUUUAGUGCCUCUUAAACCGGUGCAGCUCACAUUGAAGUCCGCUCCUAGGUCUUGUAUUAAAUUAUCUACGGAUAAGAAAAAUAAACGAGUGGUAUUCGCCGAUGACAGAGGUCUUGCGCUAGAAGAAGUGAAGUUUAUGACAGAACCAUCACAUGUGCCGCCGUACUGGGCUUUGAAGAUCAUCUCCAGUCCACCACCGGAACGAAAACCUCCUCCUACACCCGCAGUGGACUUAUGGGAGACAAGAUUUGUGCAGCCAGCAUCGGAUUACGUCGAAUUUAGGCGAAGAAUUACUGAAGACUGUGUAACGCUAGAAAAUGUAAUUUUAAAACAAAAUGAGUGCGCGGUAGACGGUACUGUGAAAGUGAAAAAUCUGGAUUUUAGUAAAGAAGUCGGUGUGAGAGUUUCGUUUGACGGUUGGACGACGAGCGAGGACACUUCGUGUGCGUUCGUCGAGUCGGGGCCCUUGAAUUCGAAUGGCAUUUCUUUAUACGAUACGUUCGCUUUUAGACUCCAAUUGCCAAUUCACUCGAGACGGCUAGACUUCUGCGUGUAUUUCAAAUGCAAAGGUAACGAAUAUUGGGACAAUAAUAAAGGCCUAAACUACACGAUAGAAAAAGCUUCCGUCCGAAGUUCUCCAGGGAUUUCGUGCGCAAGAAUCAAUUAUGGAAACUCUUGGACAACUCGGUCGAGUGGGAAUGGGAAUGUCCCUUAUUGGUGA